AAGCCAACAUCAAACAUGCAGCGUUUCCAGCACCGAAACAAAUGUGUAGCAGCACAGUAUGUCGGCCCAGCCCUUGGAGUUGCAGAUCAAGCUUUGAAUGCCUGACCUUGGAGUCAUUACUUAGAUCGAUGGCUGCCUGGCCUCUUUCUUGACCUCCACAUCCUCUUACUCUCCUUGUUGCUUGUACAUUCUUGAUACCCUGGUUCGGUCCAUUCUUUGCGCGUGCGCACGUUACAAUCUUUAUUAAAUACUCAUUCUUUUACUAUAUUCACCGAAAAUCUCUAUCUCAACCAGAAAUCAUGUAUAUCGAUACUGCGUCGGCGAAUAGUCGGUCCUCGAGGCCUCAGAUUACUAUCGAGCCAUCGCCGUAUAAUGAUCGCUCGACACCACUCAUGGAGGCUUUUGUGGGACAAGAGGCUGGAACGGAGGAGAGGCCACCGCCUACUUACCUCGAAGCUACCACGCCUGGUCUUUACACAAGUCGACUGAGUGGCGAAGAAGGCGCGAGGUUGCUCUCCUUUGAUGGACGAGAAGCCCGAGAUGCGACUUACAAGGAGGAGCAGUACGGAAGACGGAGUCUUAGGUCGCAAUGCCUCAAGAAGACCUGGUUGAAGGUGGUCGGUACAGUGCUUGGUAUGAUGCUCGUGUCUGCUAUGUUGGCCCUGAUGGUUGCCGCUGUGUCAGUCCGCAGGGACAGACAGAACUCUUCCACUACCUCUCUAUCUUCAGCACAGUCCGCACAGGGUGACGCCGCCCACCCUGAAGGCUUCAUCGACGACGAUUCCGACAAGCCCAGUCUCAUUGCCGUCCCAUGGCCAUCACCAUCCGCCGCAGCGCAACCCACAGCACCGAAACAAUCCUUCCCCAUCCGAUGGCCAUCAAAGUGCGGAAAAGACUACAACGUCCGAACCGAACACCACGACUUCGGCCAAACAAGCGAGCUCAGCAUCCAAGAAGCCGUCCACCAACUCGACGGACCAUACAGGCGAGUAGCAGGCUGGAUUCAUGUCGCAACCGCCCCUCCCGAGCAAGCCCCCGGCACCAUCCAAGUAAAGACAUCCUACGCCGUAUCCGCCUCCGUCGACGUCAAUGCUGUCCGAUACGCCUCCACAGACAACAGCCUCACAAUCGGCGACCCUUCCUUCCCCGACGGCUUCGACGGCGUGCGCCCCGGAAAGGCCUGCCUGGGCAUGUCCGUAGUACUCUACAUGGCCCCCGGCGCCACCCUCUCAAAACUGCACAUCGCGACCACGCACAUGGGCAUGCAAAUCCACAGCGGCACAAACUUCACCGUCACAGACUCCACCUCCAUCUCCCUGACCACUGGCACCCUCGACGCCAUCGCAUUUUCCUCCCGUCAAACAUACCUCUCCACCAUCUCUGGUUCCAUCUCCGGCGCCUACGCCCUCUCCGACCUCCUUUCCGUCAGAACGAAGAGCGGCUCCGUGAACAUCGACAUCGAACCCCAGCCUGCCGCAGAAGGCUCCACGAACCCCGCUGUCUUCACCGUAGACUCGCUCUCGGGCAGCAUCCGAACGGAUUUCAAACGCAAACACAUCCCGGAGCGCGACUACCAAACCUACAUCAACACGACUGUCGGCUCCGUCGACGGAACAUUCAUUCACGGGUCGCGCACCGAAUUUAAUUCCGUCGCUGGCCUCGUCACCGCCGACCUCCUCCCGUUUAAGUCUGGGGACUACCAGUCCGAAAUCUACACGCACACCCACUCUGGUCAAACAUCCCUCACCUUACGCUCGCCGUAUAGGCAGAAGGGGGUAGCGAUGUCCGGACUGGUGAGUACGCAUAAGAGCACGAGUGGUGGUUUGGAUGUUACGUACCCUCAGGAAUGGACGGGCAGUGUAGAUGGCACGUCAUUGAGUGGGGCGUUGCACUUGCAGGGGAAGGAGUUGGAGUUGUUGGGCGAGAACGAUGAGCCGGGGAAGAAUCAUGUGGAGGCGAAGAAGGGGGAUGGCAAGAGUAGUUUGAGCUUCGAUACCGUGUCUGGGGGUUGCGAGAUCAAAGUUGGGAAACUGUAGAUGUGAUAUACCUUUUGAUUUUGGUGUUGAGGGUUAGACGGUACUCCUCGUAAAUGGAAGACAUCACGAUUCAUUCUACUUUGAUGCCCAACAUCCGUAUCUCUCAUGAACUCAAACACGCCGUCUCUUCAAUCACCCACGCGUUUUCAUCUAUACUAACUCAUUAUUUGGAUUUGCAACAGCUUAA